CACACGACUUUUUAAGAGCAUAGCGACGCUUCGGAACUUGUCUACAACACGUUACUAGAAUGUGAACGAACUAUAUCAGACCACACUGAUGGUUAUUCCAGUAUCGACGAUGGUUCGUAUCUAUCUCGUCUAACAAAGUGUGGAUAUGGAGCUCCACAACCUUAUCUCCCUCGAGAAUAGCUGCUAUGAUCGUAAGAUCGCAAAGCGACCUCAUCGGAAGGUCAGGUCCGGCUGCAUCGAGUGCAAAUCACGGAAAGUCAAGUGCGAUGAGGCUGAACCACGAUGCUCGAUGUGCCGGAGAUACAACAAAUCCUGUGUUUUCACGCGUCCGAGCAAUGUAUCAUCUUCAGCAAAAACAUCUCAGACACCUCCUGCAUACGAAGAUGAGGUUCCAAGAGACCUUAGCGAUAGAACGACGGACCUAGAAGUUCAAGAUCUGGAACUUCUACACCAUUGGACCACAUCCGCCUAUAAAGGCUUUGGGGACAAACCGGGAGAUGAGGUCCCCUGGCAACUAGAGAUGCCACAAAUAGCUUGUGAGCAACCUUUCCUGAUGCGAGGAAUACUCGCCAUGUCUGCACUCCACCUGUCAUGUUGUCGCCCCACACAAAAACAAAAAUGGCUUGUACGAGCAGUCUACCAUCAGAAUCGGGCUUUGCCUUCAUACCGGUACAUUGUCAACGACUUUCAGAGCAAGAUGACAGAGCAGAAUUGUCACGCGGUGAUUGGUUUUGCAAGCCUGACCAGCGCGUAUGCUUUUCAAGACCCUGAUCCACCUAAUCCCGAUCGAUCACCGGGGAAAUCAUCACCCAUUAGUUUCCCAGAGUGGCUGUACUUGCUGCGAGGUGCUCGACAAAUCCUCGAUGUUGGACGAGACUGGAUCUCCAGAGGGCCAAUGGCCUUUCAGAUUCGUGUAGUAAACCAUCCAAUCGACCUAUCCUGCAACCCACGCGACUCACAUAUGGCUGUCCUUGCAACACUCUUCGACCGGAAGCGCCGGGAUCCAUCGCUCUACAAAUUAUCAGACCGCGAGAUCGAGGCAUAUCAAUUGACGCUGCGAUUGCUCCGCGAAAGUAGUGCGAUGCCAUUCUUGCCGUGCAAGACUCUUGGUGUCAAGCUCUCAAUGUUUCGAUGGGUCGAGAAAGCUCCUCAGGCUUAUCUGGAUUUGCUGGCAGAAGGGAAGCCUGAAGCAUUGGUCUUGUUAGCACACCUGUGCCUGUUGCUCAAAGAAGGAAGCCGAAGCUAUUGGUACAUGGAAGGUGCAGCUGAGCGGCUGAUGGCUAUAAUUUGUGAUGCCUUGCCCGCAACUUGGAGACCUUGGAUCGCUUGGCCGGUAGAGGUAGUCAACGGCACCAUUCCGUCGCCAUAAACGUGGCUUUACAUUGUCGUCACGUUCAAAAGUGUCCUAG